CCGGCCAUGAGGGUCCUGUGCUUGGCGCUGUGCGCGCUGGCGCGGCUGUGGCCCGGGGCGCUAGCUGGCUGCUCGGAGGCCGGGCGCUGCUGCCCAGGCAGGGACCCAGCCUGCUUUGCCCAAGGCUGGAGGCUGGACAGAGUCUACGGGACCUGCUUCUGCGACCAAGCCUGCCGCCUCACCGGGGACUGCUGCUUCGACUACGACAGGGCUUGCCCAGCUCGCCCUUGCUUCGUGGGAGAAUGGAGCCCGUGGAGCGGCUGCGGGAGCCCGUGCCGGCCCGCCAUGCGCGUGCGCAGGCGCUCGGUGCAGCAGGAGCCGCGGAAUGGAGGCGCGCCCUGCCCACCGCUGGAGGAGAGAGCCGGCUGCCUGGAGUACGCCCGCGCGCAGGGCCGGGACUGCGCGCACUCCUUCGUUCCUGCCUUUAUAACUACUUCUGCAUUCAACAAGGAAAGAACAAGACAAGCUUCAUCUCCCCAGUGGUCUACACACAUGCAGGAUGCUGGAUACUGUAUGGAGUUCAAGACAGAGUCCCUGACUCCUCAUUGUGCUCUGGACAACCGGCCCCUGACCCGGUGGAUGCACUAUCUCCGAGAGGGAUACACAGUGUGUGUGGACUGUCAACCUCCUGCUAUGAAUUCUGUGAGCCUGCGUUGUUUUGGAGAUGGCUUGGACUCCAGUGGAAAUCAGACUCUCCACUGGCAAGCCAUUGACAAUCCUCGAUGCCAAGGAACCUGGAAAAAAGUGCGUCGAGUUAACCAGUGUUCUUGUCCAUCUGUUCACAGUUUCAUUUUUAUAUAGAUUGCUGAGCAAAUACUUCAAAAUGUGCUUAUAAACAUACUAAACACUGAUAAGUUGUUUUAAGCCUUCAUAAACUUACAAGUCUGGCCAAAAUUUCUGGGCAUGAGGUAUUGCCACACUUGGCUGCUGAAAAAGACAAUUUAUGGGCUCAUUCUCAAAGAACCAUGGUAGCUAUGUUUUUAUGUUUACUAACUCGGGUAUUCACACUCGAAGUUCCUUUGGUUUUGUGCCCUUCACGUUCCAUCCAGUCACACAAUACAUGUCUAUCUGUUUACUUUAGUGUUAUUACCACGAAAUCCAGUUUUUAAAUUUUUUUUUAAUUUAUUUAUUUGAGAGCGACAGACACAGAGAGAAAGACAGAUAGAGGGAGAGAGAGAGAAUGGGCACGCCAGGGCUUCCAGCCUCUGCAAACGAACUCCA